UGGUGGUCAAAGCUCGGGGAGGCGACUGAGUCGCUGCAAAAAUUAACGGGAAACUUUGCGUCGGCGGGCAGCCGCGGAGCCAGCGGCCGGGGGUCGGUGCUCGGCGGCCGCGGGCUGGAGAGUCCGGCCUCACCGGGACAGAGGCUCCGUGUCCCCGCUGCGUCUCUGCACAAGGGGGUGUGAAGUGGACGACGUGCUGAGUUUCUACCAACAUGGUUCCAAGAUGAGCGAGCAGUCGUUGGACCUCUGGUUCUGUGAGGAGUGCCAGGACUAUUUCCAGAAGGAGUGUCCGUCCCACGGGCCCCCGCUGUUUGUCCCCGAUACACCUGCGGCCCCGGGGUCAGCCAACAGGGCGGCGCUCACCGUCCCGUCGGGCCUGGAGGUCUUCACCGAGGGGGACGAGGUGGAUGUUCGCUGCGUGGAUCCAAACAUCCCCAAGGGGGCGGUGUUCGGUCCGUACGAGGGAGAGCUGGUCUCCAAGGACAAGUCCUCCGGCUUCUUUUCCUGGAUCAUCGUUGAUUUUAACAACACGUAUCAAUCCAUCGACGGCAGCGAUGAAACCAAAGCCAACUGGAUGAGGUUUGUCAGGACCUCGUCGGAGGAGAGCGACAGGAACUUGACAGCGUUUCAACACCAUAAAAGCAUCUACUUCAGAGUGUGUCGGACACUGGUGGCGGGAGAGAAACUGAGGGUCUGGUACAGCGACAACUACAUCCAAAGAAUUCACUGCGUCUCUCAGGAGAGCAUCGACCGCAACCUGGACACAGGUGAGCUGGACACAGAUAUUGGGAAGCCCAACAUUCAGACGGACUUUAAAUCUCCGUGUCUGCAGUCAGCUCUGCAGGGCAAACCCAGCCCCAGUAAACAACCCAGCGAAGAACCAGACGGUCAGCCUCCUGCCAAGAGGAAGAAGAUCGACCUCAUCUUCAAAGAUGUCCUGGAGGCUUCUCUAGAGAACUUCAGCAAGUCCAGGUCCCAGUCUUCCCUCCCCAGUGAGUGUAAAAUAGCAGUUCUUGGGUCUGGGUCUCAUUCUGCUGAAAGCUGCUUUAACGUUCCUGACCUGAAGGUGGAAGAGAAAGAGGAGAACCAGAGCAGCGAAGAGCCCUCCACCUCCUUCUGCCCCAACUGCGUCAGACUGAAGAGAAGGAUCCUGGAGCUGGAGGAGGAGCUGUCUCGUCUCAGAGGAGAACAGGCGCACGUGGUCGGUCCACCAAUGUCUGAACAGACCCUGGCCCAGCACGAUCAGGCCCCGCCCCACCCUGAGCAAGGCCCCAUUGAAGAUUUUCAAGGGAUGGAGCCUUUGACUCCCACACAGGUGGGUCUUGACGAAGAAGACCAGGAUGUGGACUCAGCCGAUGAGUCGAUUGCUGCAGAUCUCGUGAUUUCUCCAGAGGAUCCAUCAAAGCUUUCUACUGGAGGAGGCAGGCGGAUUCGCCGCUUCAAGCAGGAGUGGCUGAAAAAGUUCUGGUUUCUUCGAUACUCACCAACCCUCAAUGAGAUGUGGUGCCACGUCUGCCGCCAGUACACCGUCCAGUCAUCUCGAACGUCUGCCUUUAUCAUUGGCUCCAAGCAGUUCAAGAUCCACACCAUCAAGCUCCACAGCCAGAGUAACCUCCAUAAGAAGUGUCUGCAGCUGUAUAAGCUGCGCAUGCAUCCAGAAAAGACAGAGGAGAUGUGCAAGAACAUGAUGCUGCUCUUCAACGCAGCAUACCACUUGGCCCUGGAGGGUCGUCCCUUCUCUGACCUGCGUCCACUGGCAGAGCUUCUGAAGAGGUGUGAGCUCAAAGUGGUGGACCAGUACAUGAAUGAAGGAGACUGUCAGAUCCUCAUCCACCACAUUGCACGUGCUUUAAAAGAAGACCUGGCUGAGAAGAUGCGCCUGUCCCCCUUCUUAAGUGUCAUAAUGGAUGCCCAAAAUGAUGAUCUUUUCUCAGACAUGGUGGCAGUCUAUGUCCAGUUCCUUACCAAUGAGGGCUCUCCAAACACAGAGUUCCUGUCCUUGCAGAGACUGAGCAUGGCCAAUGUUGAUGGGUAUCUCCAGGCUAUGGAUCGUGCUUUCGGUGUCCUAGGCCUCAGAUUUCAGGACUUGCUGGUGGUGGGUCUUGGGGUAGACGGCACCAACAUCUCUUCAGGAAUGAGAGCCAACCUGUACAUUGCUGUACAAAAGACUUUUCCUUGGAUCCUCUGCCUUCCUAUUAUGAUCCAUCGGCCCCAUCUGGAGGUGCUGGAUGCCAUCAGUGGGAAGGAGCUCUCCUGCCUGGAGGAUCUGGAAAACAACCUCAAGCAGCUCCUCAGUUUCUACCGCUACUCCCCUCGCAUGAUGGCUGAACUGAGAUCCACUGCGCCAACACUGUCAGAGGAGACUGAGUUCCUAGGAGACAUCAGAGCCAUUCGAUGGAUUAUAGGAGAACCAAAUGUCCUUAACGCACUCAUCAAAGAUUACCUGGAGGUAGUGGCCCAUCUUAAAGAGAUCAGCAGCCAGACGCAGAGGGCUGAUGCUGCAGCCAUCGCCCUCACCCUCCUCCAGUUCCUCAUGGACUAUCAGUCAGUAAAGCUCAUUUACUUCCUUCUGGACAUCAUAGCUGUUCUCUCACGAUUAGCCUUCACUUUCCAGGGAGAGUACCUGCUGGUGUCACAGGUGGAAGCCAAGAUAGAGGAGGCCAUUCUGGAGAUUGGCCAGUUGGUGGACUGCCCCGGAGAGUAUCUGCAAGAGUUUGAAGAAAGUUUCCGGGAAAGUUUCAACGGAGUUGCUCUGAAGAACCUGCGUGUUGCAGAGUCCAAGUUUCAGUCCAUCCGAGAAAAGAUCUGCAGCAGGAGCCAGGGCAUUCUGUCUCAGAGGCUAGACUUGCAGAGCCGUUCAUUUGCCAAAGCCUGCAAAGUCCUGGACCUGUCCACCUGGCCUCACAACCGAGAGGACUUACAAGCUUUCGGGGAAGAAGAAAUCCAAAUGAUAUUCAACCAUUUGGAGUCCAUUUCCUCCAUGGGUCAGGAGGGUUCCCAGGUCAGGACAGAGGCCAGGGUUAGCCUGGUGGUGGAGUGGAAGGAUCUGAAAGCAGACUACUACAGUAUGAAUGGUUUUAAAGAGGUCAUUAGUCACAUCUGCAGGUACAAGCAGCGUUUUCCUCUCUUGAAUCGGAUUGUACAGGUCGUCAGGGUCCAGCCCAGUUCCACAGCCUGCUGUGACAAAGGUCGAGUGUCUCUACAGAAGAUGUGUAAGAACAAUCGUUCCCGGCUGACUCUGGAGCAGAUGAAUGACCUGCUGACUGUGGCAGUUAACGGACCGCCCAUCUCUAACUUUGAUGGGAAGCGAGCGUUGGACAGCUGGUUUGAGGAGAAGUCUGGCAGCAGUUACUCUCUGUCGGCUGAGGUGUUGAACAGGAUGUCAUCUGCUGAUCCGAAGUCUGUCUUGCACAGCGUUGACGUCAACACAGAGUUCUACCCUGACAUUUAACAGGGAUACCCAGUGAUGCAGUGCUACAGUAAAAUAAUACUACAACACCACACCAAUACUAACAAAGUGAGGCAGUCUUGCUCCUUGAUGCCAGUGAUUUCCAACCCGAGGUACUUGUGCCACACAGGCCACAUGUGCAGUCACCAGAGGGCACAUGGACAGAUUACGAAGCUCGGCUAAUUCUAACAUGAUUUUAUAAUAUCCACAAAUUUGUGUUAAGAAAAAAAUAUACAAAUAUCUCACAAAUACGAUUAUUUACAAAAUCUGAAGUUCUUGUCCCAAUAACUUACCUGCUAUGGUAGUUACAAAUUAGUUUUCCACCAACCUGAAUCAGUUAGAAAAGCGGACCACAAAGAGCUGAAAGUACACAAACUGUAAAUUGUUGAAAUAUGCAGUUUCUGUUUUUUCAUAUGGCAUCAGGUCAGGUGCAAACUUGACCAUAACUACUAAAAAAAAAGAAAAAGACUAAGCCUCACCAAGCAGUUAUUGUGAGUCUAGAUUCACACACAGCAGUGUUUCCUCUAAAACACUAUUGAACUGCACCAUGAAGCCAUCCCAUCUAUCAAAGGGGCACUAAACCCACCUGAGAGGGCUUUGGGGUACUUUAGACAAAAAAGGUGGAGCUGCUGUUCUCCACCACUGGUCAAAAGUCUUUCCAAAAGAACUCUCCUUUCAGCUGGAAGUAUGGAUUGAUGCAUCGGUUGAUUGAUUGAUUGGUGGAUGGAUUGAUUAAUGACAGAACGGACCAAUUUGGGCAAAGCUCACAGCAUCAGGGCCCCCUGGGCUUCACUCAUGGAUGUCGCUAAAAGAGAGACAGAACAACUACAAAGAGACGCAAAACAUCUCCAGAGACACAGAACGGCCACAAAGAGACACAAAACAUCCACCAAUAAGUGCAGCUACAGACGAGUGAGCAGCGGUGCUGUAGCUGCUGUGCUUUGACAGUGUGUCCACUGUGUCGUAAUCCGUCCAUGUUCAGCUUCAUAUUGUGCUGAAAUCUUCCUUCUCUGACUGACUGACUUCUCUCACUGAUGAGUAUUGUCAAACCGGGGGCUACUGAGUGGUCCUGCACUUGCUAUAUGUAAUAAUAAAGCACUUGUUGCCGAAUAAAAGUCACUUAUUCGGCGGGAACAAUCAGUUAGUGUCAAACUAAACGUCUGAGCUAUUGAGCCGCUCUCUGCUUCAGCGCCUUUGCCGAUGGGCUUUUCAGUCAUGUAGUGCCUGACAGAAAUGAAACAGCUAGAGUGUAAGGAUGUAUAAAGGCUUUAUAUUUCUAUUAGAAAUGCAGACAACCGUGCUUCACACUGUAUAUAUGUUGUAUAAACUGUAUAUAUUGUAAAUGCUUUUGAGCCAGUUUUUAAGGAGAGUAUUUUUCUCUGGAAUUUGAUGAUUGUGCCAAAAUAAUCGAAUGCAAGAACCGAAGCUAAAGGUGCUAUCCUGCUAUGCCAUACUGUACUUCGCCAUAUUUGUUUAGAUGUUUACUGCUGCAAAUUAUAUAUCUGAAUCUGAUAUUUUUCACUGCUGCAUCAGCUUCAUGUUUCGGUGUUUCCAGCAGGGUGACUUCAGUCUUGGCCAAAGCUCAGACUUAAAAUAAUUAAAAUAAGUUUUAAAAGCUGCAUGAUAAUAGUAAACUGUUGCUUUUAGUGCACAUUUAGGUCGUAUUUUAUCAUUGUUAUUAAGAUGAGCUGAGACAGAAUGAUCUCUUUGUGUCCUGAAGUUAAAGGAAUAUUUAGACAUUUUGGGAAAUCAGCCUCUUCACUUUCUGAUGCAGAGUUAGAUAAGAAAAUCUCUGAUGUCUGCGCCGUGACGUAGGAUGUGGAAAUAAUAACGAGCUGCUGAAGAACUGUUCUGCAAACAUGACGACGGAAGCCGCCAUCGCAGACCGUUACAGUGAUACAGUGAUGCGGUCGAUCGGUGAGGGUGGCUCAUGUUAAAAUGUGACUAUAAGACCUCUGGCCAAGGGGCAACCUUCUUGGAACAAAUCAGAAUAACAGGACUUGUGUUGUUCUUCCCACUCUGCAGACAUGGCAUGAAUGCAGCUUUAGUGCGGACAUAGAGCUCGGACGCUAUUAGCUUAGCUUAGCGUUAACACUAGAUGCAGGGGGUGUCAGCUAGUUUGGCUCUCACAAAACUCAAAAACAUGCCGUCCAACACUUCUAAAGAUCUGUGAGAGAUAAGCUAAGAUAAGACUUUUUUGAUCCCACGCUGGGGAAAUUCACUUUUUACAACAGCAGGAAUAAAAAAUAGAGGAAAGAAGAAACAGGCAAUAAAAAAGUCCAAAAAUGAACACUGUGUACCCACCAGUUGGGCCUUUACAGGAGUUACAUGCUGAAGCUAAGCUAACCCCCUCCUGGCUCUGGCUCCAUACUUCUUAUCAAGCUUUCAGUGAGAAAGUGAAUAGCUGUAUUUCCCUGAAAUGUCAAACUGUUUCGAAGUGUUUGCUGUAUGAUUAGUACACCUUUGUUUUAUUGUGCACAUCUGCAGCGGUCCAUGCAUGCAGGUGUGAAGCUGACCGUAAGGUUUGUGUGCAGGAUGCUGCCUGAGCUGUUGUAGCUGUUUCUGGUUGGAUGUAGUCACACUGAUGAUGGAGCGGCACAGAGCUCCACAGAGCAGAAAGAUCACAUUUCAUUUCAGUCCAAAAACCUUUGACUUCAGAAUGCUGAUGUUUAGUGCUCUGCCUUAUCUGCACGUGUUGGUCUUCUUUAUACCGACGUUUGGCUGAUUGUAAUCUGACUCCAGAGCUGAAUGGAGUUGGCUUUAAGUUGCUCAUGUUGGAUGUUUGCUGAACUGUGAGAUUCUUCACUGCUGGAGAUGAAUUUUGGUUCCACACGAACCAAAAAAAACUUUGUGGUAACCUGAUUUUUCUAUUCACAGUUUUUUUUCUGUUUGAAAUGCUUUAAAAAUACACUU